AAUACAGUUAAACCCGUCCUUGUUCAUUAGAUUCAAAUCCGCUUCCAUAAUUCCCAUUUAUUCUCUGCUCUUAAACCCAGCAAUUAUUUUUGUUCAGCUUUUUCUCCACCAUUGUUUUGUUGGAGAUCGAGAAGACGAAGAAAUGUUGGAGAGAGGGUACAAUCCUCGAACUGUUGAAGAAGUUUUCAGGGAUUUUAAAGGCCGAAGAACUGGACUAAUCAAAGCCCUCACCACAGACGUUGAAGAAUUUUACCAGCAGUGCGAUCCUGAGAAGGAGAAUUUAUGCUUGUACGGAUUACCUAGUGAGAAAUGGGAGGUCAAUUUGCCUGCCGAAGAAGUACCUCCCGAACUCCCCGAGCCUGCGCUCGGAAUCAACUUUGCUAGAGAUGGAAUGCAAGAAAAGGACUGGCUAUCUUUAGUUUGUGUCCACAGUGAUGCUUGGCUGCUUGCUGUAGCCUUCUACUUUGGCUCCAGAUUUGGAUUUGACAAAGCUGAUAGGAAGCGGCUUUUCAACAUGAUGAAUGAUCUCCCGACUGUGUUUGAAGUUGUGACCGGUGCUGCUAAACCACAACAGAAAGAGAAAUCUUCAGUCUCAAAUCACAGCAGCAACAAGUCGAAAUCAAACUCGAAAUCGCGAACAUCCGAGACAAUGGGGAAAAUUUCAAGGCCAGAGCGAAAAGGCGAAGAAGAAGGCUUAGACGAGGAUGAAGAAGAAGAAGAUGAAGAAGACGAGCACGGGGAGACGUUAUGUGGGGCCUGUGGGGACAACUAUGCAUCGGACGAAUUCUGGAUUUGCUGCGAUUUAUGUGAGAAGUGGUUUCAUGGCAAAUGCGUCAAGAUUACCCCUGCGAAAGCCGAGCAUAUCAAGCACUACAAGUGCCCUUCUUGCACUAGCAACAAGAAACUUCGCCCUAGUAUAGAAAAUUAAUCAUGCUCAAUUAGUUCUUUUCUUCGAAUAUUAAGGCUAACCUGUGUGAACGUGUUACUUUUGAACUGGUGGAGGGAUUUCGAUUCUUGGUAGUUGGUAUAGAGUAUUGUUUGUUUGUAGUGUAAGUAGGAUAGUUGAAACUAUCAUGUUUAUCUUGGAACAGGAAUUAAAAUGUUUUUCAUGAUCUGGUCACAAAUUCUUGCUUAAAGUGUGGUCCCAAUGGUUUUCGAG